AUGCCCGCUCGAUCUGAAGCCUAUACCGUCUCCAUGCCUCUCUCUCCUCCUCCUCCCCAGAACCUCUCCAGCUACUCGCGCUUCAUGCAUGCCCACACCAAGCGUCAGAUGGAGGCUUCCGGAGCCCGGUCGCCUCCUAACGGCUCGACUCCCCGUUUCGCUGCCUCGCCCACCAUCACCAACGGCACCAGCACCACGCACUAUCAAUAA